ACUUAUAAAAGGCAGACUGAUUCCUUGAAUAUAUUCUUCGUCCCACUAAAUACAAUUUAAACUAUUCAUUUUCAGUUCGGAAAUAAAAAUACUAUCUCGCCUUACACCAUGUGGAAGCAAUCUUUUCUGCUCACCAUCUCCGGAGCUCAUCUUGCUCUUGCACUGUCAGGCACUGGCCAUUCUACUCGGUAUUGGGACUGUUGCAAGCCGUCAUGCUCUUGGUCAAACAAAGUCACUGGAGCGGUCACAGUCACUUCACCAGUGAAGAGCUGCGAUAAGAACGACAAUGUGCUCGCCAGUCCUGACGUGACGAGCGGUUGUCAGAGCGGCAGCUCAUUCGCUUGCAGCAACAACUCGCCUUGGGCAGUCAAUGACUCGCUUGCCUAUGGAUUCGCAGCUACUGAAAUUACGGGAGCUAAGGAGCAGGAUACCUGCUGUGCCUGUUUUAAGUGAGUUAUUCGAUUCUAUAUUAGUUCAAUUCGGCCUUUAUUUAACAUUUUCUGUCAAGACUCACUUUCACCUCUGGGGCAGUCAAGGGUAAAACAAUGAUCGUUCAGUCUACUAAUACAGGUGGCGAUCUGUCAAAUAACCAGUUUGAUCUCAUGAUGCCAGGUGGUGGCGUUGGAAUUUUUGAUGGAUGCUCAGUCGAGUUUGGUACAGCUCUACCUGGGGCCCAAUAUGGUGGUGUAACAUCCCGAGACGAGUGCAGCAAAAUGCCCGCAAAACUUGUAGCUGGGUGCCAGUGGCGAUUUGACUGGUUCUUGAAUGCCGACAAUCCCGAUUUCGAAUUCACGCAAGUGAAAUGCCCGGCUGCCAUUACAGCCGUUAGCGGCUGUACCCGAUCGGAUGAUGGUAAUUUCCCCGCAGU